GAUGUUCAGCCAGUUACACUUGGGAUACAUUCAGUUUUUCCUCUGUCUUUGUUCUGAAAAGACUGAUUGAAGAGUAUGACGUCAUUGACUGCUUUCUUUUUCUUUGCCUUGGUAUCUGCAACCCUUGCCCAAUGGUCUGCUCCGUAUGGGUAUGGAGGAGCUAGAUUUGUUUCACCAUUUCAUUAUCCACCAGUAAAUCCAGUAGCUCCGUUUGGAUAUAUUCCCAAUUCAAGACAAGCGAAUGAGAACACCAAUACAAAUUUAAACACCAAUGUCAACUCAAAUGGUGCUUCAUUUCGCAGAAGUCUCCAUGCGCCAAGCAAUGAGAAUCCUAAUUCGAAUGUUAACACUAAUGUUAAUAUUGAUGGAAACACUGAACAAAGCUAGGUGAAACAGAAUGAUUAUGCAGGAAUGAAGAAUUUUCUAUGAAGAGAUGGUGAAUCAGAUAAUUUUUCCAUGAUAUCGUCAUUAACAA